GCGAGUCGUGCACGAUGUAGAAGCCGGUGUUGUUUUGCGGGGUUUGUGGAUGUCGUGCGUUGGUCACGUUGUAUAUCAAGAAAAAAGGCUGGGAAAAAUCGUGAUUUCUGAGGCUUAAGCACUGUUGGGCGCCGAAUUUUUGGAGACGGAAGACCCGAAGUUUGUUUUCAAGCAUCAAGGCCUUGCGAGCAACGUUCUUUUCUAAUUGAAGGAACCUGCAUGAUGUUGAUGACUUGAUAACAAUAUGAAUAGUAUGUAAUUCAGCGGCUUAAGCCGUGUUGCACGUCAUUUGCUUUUGUGCUCCCAUCUACAGGUUGUUUUAGAGCUAAAAGAAAGCAUUUCUUGUUGGUGCAGAGAAGGCAAACUAUUUUCAUUGCCUGUUGGUAUUGGCUUUCUGUCAAGCAGAGCCAACUAUGGGGCUUUGCAAAUGUAGCAAGAGAAAGGUUACAAACCAAUUUUGUUUUGAGCAUAGAGUUAAUGUGUGUGAAUUUUGCAUGGUCAACAGCCACCCUAAGUGUAUAGUCCAGUCAUAUCUUCACUGGCUGCAGGACAGUGACUGUGAUCCAAGGUGCCAGCUAUGUAAAGCUGACCUGAAAGAUCACCCAUGUGUUCGCCUCACCUGUUAUCAUGUGUUCCACUGGUCAUGUCUGAAUGAGCUGGCAUUGGAACUGCCUGCCAACACUGCACCAGCCGGCUACCGGUGUCCAGCAUGCGAGGAGCCGCUCUUCCCGCCGGCCAACCUGGUGUCGCCUGUGGCAGACGUGCUGCGCGCGGCGCUGCACCAGGUCAACUGGGCACGCGCCGGCCUCGGCCUACCGCUGCUGGACACUCCACCCAGCUUUGGUGGAGAGGCGCCGACGGUGGCGGGCGCCGUGCCGCUGCAGGAUCAGGCCGCCGAGCCCCGCCCCUGGGACCGGGAGCCGCCGGCUCGCAAGGACAGCAGCGUGGUGCAAGUGGAGUCGAGCAGCGCCUUCCACCGCGAGCUCAGCAGCGCAGCCGAGGGCCGCCGCCUGCUGGGGGAGACGCACAGCCUGCUGGACUCGGACAGCACUGAGAACAAGUACCGGCGCCGCUCGGCGCUCGAGUGGUUCCAACGCUGGUGGAGGCUGAUGAGCGGUCCGCCUUCGCGGCCUCGCGCCGGAGCCAUCUACCGGCGGUAUUUGAUGGUGCUAGUUCUGGUAGUCGUGGCGCUAGUCACCAUCGUGUCGGCCAUGCGCUGGAUGGCGGCCGGCGCCAGCUCCGAUGACGACCCCAUGUUUGACCCGCACUUCAACCCGAAUGUGCACGUGCAAGAGUGAGGUGUCGGCUCGCUCUGUGAUCAUGUGACGUCAUCGACCCGGCUGCGAGCCUGUGACGUCAAGUGCGCGUCGCGGAGCGAGUUGUAAUUAUGAUGCUUCGGCGGCAUGUCGAAUGGGAUCGUUUGUUCUUGUCUUUAUUUCACACAUAUUUAAAUCAGGCGGUCACGGAUGGUCGGUGCUCGCAGCGUUGGGUGGCGAUGAUGUGACAGUUAACAUUUUCUGUGCAUAUCGACUGAUCGCGAGGGUUAGCUAUAACCAACGCAAUUGUGUGCUGAUCUACUGUCGGGUACCAAUUUAAUAUGAAAUACAUUGUUUACUGUCUGA